GGCCCGGCCGCCCCUACCAUGCACUGCUACCAGGAGGAGGGCAGCUGGAGCCUGUCCUUCGCGGGCGCCGGCUUCCUGGGGCUCUACCACGUGGGUGUGACCAGCUGCUUCAGGGAGCGGGCCCCGCACCUCCUCCAGGGCGCCCGCCGCAUCUACGGCUCCUCAUCCGGGGCGCUCAACGCCAUGAGCAUCAUCGCCGGCAAGACUGUCGAUUUCUGCUGCUCCCACCUCCUGGACAUGGUCAGGCACCUGGAGAACCUGAGCCUGGGCAUCUUCCACCCAGCUUUCGCGCCCAUUGAGCACAUCAAGCAAAAGCUGCUGGAAGAACUGCCUGCCGACAUUCACAUUCUGGCCUCCCAGCGGCUGGGCAUCUCGCUGACCCGCUGGCCCGACGGCCACAACAUCAUAGUCACUGACUUCGCAACCCGCAGUGAAGUCAUCCAGGCUCUGGUCUGUACCUUAUACUUUCCUUUCUACUGUGGGACGAUUCCUCCUGAAUUCAGAGGGGAGCGCUACAUCGACGGGGCUCUGAGCAACAACCUGCCCUUCGCGGACUCUCCCUCCACCAUCACUGUGUCCCCUUUCCACGGGACAGUGGACAUCUGCCCCCAGAGCACCUCGGCCAGCAUACACGAGUUGAACACCUUCAAUGCCAGUUUCCAGAUAUCCACCAAGAACUUUUUCCUGGGGUUUGCCUCCCUCAUACCCCCCAGCCGUGAGAUGGUGGCUGACAGCUGCAGACAAGGCUACCUGGACGCCCUCUGGUUCCUGGAGAGACGCGGACUUACCAAGGAACCAGUGCUUUGCCUGCUGGUGUCUAAGGAGCCCCCAGCCCCCGCGGAUGGGACCCAGGACACUGACCAUGAUGGUGGCCAGAAGGGGGGCCUGUCUUUAAACUGGGCAGUGCCCAACGUGUUGGUCAAGGAUGUGCCCAACUUCGAGGAGCUCUCACCAGAGCUGGAGGCUGUACUGAAGAAAGCAUGUAUGAUGGACAACAGCCCCUGGGCCCGCUUCCGCCGGUCAAGGCCUGGGCAGGCCCUGACAUACUUCCUGCUGCCCUGGACACUCCCCUUUGAGUAUGUUUACUUCCGGAGCAGAAGGCUGGUGGCAUGGCUGCCCGAUGCGCCAGCCGACCUGUGGUGGAUACAGGGUGUGCUGCAGAGGCUGGGCCUUGAGAUCUGUUCCAGGUCGAAGGACCAGCUCCUCAGGCUGCUCAGCCUGCUGGUCACCAGCCCCCUCUGGCCUGGGGCAGCUCCUCCUGUGGACCUGGCCCAGGAGCCCUGACUUUCCCAUCAGGCCUGAGAGGCAAAAAGAGAGCCAGUCCGGUGGCUGGCAUCCCCUGGCCCUUGAAUUCCUGUCCCCCAUCUGCCUCCAGUCCUUGAGUCCUGGCUCGUCUUCCAGGGCUUAGAGCCGAGCCCUCGGCCCAGGGCCAGCACUGGAAUUGGUCUGCUGAGUGGACAACCUAGGGGACAGCCUCCCUUUCCUCUCAGACUCUUGUCCCUGGUUGGGUGGGUGGGUGGCCCCCAUGGACCAGAAGCAGUCCCACCAGCCCCUCUGGAGUCCCUGCUCCUUGGAGCCAGCUCCCUGGGGCCCAAGGACUUCUUUUUUGGGAGAAGCCCACCCUGUUGGUAUGUCCCUGGGUCACUGUGUCCAGGUCACCCUGCCCCUGUCUCAUUGGAGGGGAAAAAGGAAGGCAGGAGCUGAGACACACAUCUUGGUUCUGGAAUUUUUCAUGUUGGGGCGGGGGCUCGGGGACAGCAUCUGCUGGGAAUCAGGAUUCGGGGUAUUGUUGCUGAGCUGUGUGGAGGGCACCUUGCAAGAAAUGGAGAAAAUGCCAUAUGCUCAUACCAGAGAUCGGAAGACAAAUGGAAAUGAUGGGAUCCUUUCUCUUACUCCCUUAGUCCUUCACUAACCCCAGGGUGACCCCCAUGGUCUGUCUCAUUCCAGCCAUCUUGAUCUCUGAUGACAUCCUACUAGGUCCAUACAGUGGGAGUCCCCCUCCCCCAACCCAGAGAUGGGAAGGAGAGAGAGGGCUCAAAAUCUUUUUAGAAUCCCACUCUGUGUCCAGUUGGGGUGCCUGAGGGCCCCUGGCUGCCAGCACUGUAGCACCACCUUAGAAGGCUCAUGGGCCUCGACAACCCCACUCCCAGGCCCCUUUCUCUCUCUCGGGCAGAGUGGAGAGUAGAGAAAUGGAGGCAUGAAGUAGAGAAAAGGAGAGCAAAGGAAUAAAUCUAAA